AUGCAAUCACUAGUUUUAUCGGCUAGAAUUCCUUCUUCACCACUUUUACACAAAAAGAAGUCAUCGGAUUUUCAAUCUUUAAACUAAAAUUUGACAAGAGUUCAAUCUCCAUCAGGCAAUAAAAUGAAUUAAGCAUUCGGUCGAUGUUAGACGGUAAAAACAUUGAACAGUGAAAGAGACCCAGUUGAACUCACCAUAACAUUAAUUAUAAAUGGAUAGAAGUAAAUGAAUAAAAAUAUAGUAGAUUGAUUGUUCCGAUAAGCAUUUACUAAAACACUACAGAUUUAUAUAAGAAAUUAAUAGCAAAGGUACUCCAAGUGAAUCCGGCUAUCGUAAAUAAAAUAAAACACUUUCAAACACAUAAUAGUGUUAAGAAUUACAACAUUGAUUACUACUUGUCACUAGAACUUUAACCGUUAGAAGUAUUUGAAGAAUAAAGACAUUUGAAAUUAGAACCUUAUUAUUCAACUUAAGUGGGUAAUCAAAUGAGUAUUGAAGAUUAUGAUAUUCUAAAAUGUAUAGGUGUAGGGUAUUAAUAUGAUUUUAAAUUAAUAGUGGAUUUUCAAGAGUUUAUUUAGUAAGGAAACGUGAUAAUGGUUUGUUUUAUGCAAUGAAACUUAUAGAUAAGAACUUUAUUCUUAAGUCUAACAAGGAAAUAAUUAUUUGCAAUGAAAAAUAUGUGAUGGAAUAAUUAAACUCACCAUAUUUGGCAAAAUUAUUUUAUUCAUUUGAGACAAAAUUUUAUCUUGUUUUUGUAAUGGAGUAACUUAUCCAGUUAAAUAUAGAUAUUGUGCAGGUGGUGAACUAUUUUAUCAUCUGAGAAAAUGGAAAAGAUUAUAAGAGCCAUUGGCAAAACAAUAUUUUGUAUAAGUUUGUUUAGCAAUUAAUGAAUUACAUAAAUUUGGAAUUGUUUAUAGAGAUAUCAAGCCAGAGAAUAUUUUAUUAGAUUUAGAUGGAUAUAUAAGACUUUCAGAUUUUGGUUUAUCAAAACCGAAUAUGAGUAGAGAUGAGACAGCUUAUUCAUUUUGUGGAUCUCCUGAAUAUAUGUCUCCAGAAAUGUUAAAAAGAGAAGGACAUAAUUAUAUGGUGGAUAUUUAUUGUUUAGGAGCAUUGCUUUAUGAAUUUAUCUUUGGAUCACCACCUUUUUAUUGUAGAAACAUAGAUUAAAUUUAUAACAGUAUUUUGAAUGAUAAAGUGCAAUUUCCACCUUAUAAAGAUAUAAAUCCUGAUCUUAAGGAUUUGAUUUCGAAAUUGUUAAUAAAAGAUCCUGCAAAACGAUUGGGAGCAUAAAAUGGAAUUAAAGCAAUUUUAUAACAUAAAUGGUUUUAAGGAUGUGAUAUUGAAGCUUUGGUUAAAAGGAAAUGUGAAAUAAGUUAUCGUCCUAUGCCAUUAAAGUACAAUUUUGAUGAAUUGGAAUUUAGUAAAGGAGAUUAAGAAUUUUAAAAGAAAUUGUAUGAAAAUUUGAGAUUAGAAAAACAAGUAAAAUUUAAAUUAUAUUUAGAAUAAAUUUACUCGUUCAUUUCCACACUUUGAAUAUGUGAAUAAGAGAAUAAUAGAUCAUAGAUAGAAUAUUUUAGAGUAGUUAACAAAAUCAAGAUAGAUCUAAGGAUAAUAAGGAUUACCUAAAUAAUAAUAGAAAACUUAAAUUUGUUUAUCUCCUGUGUCAUAAGUAAAAGAACAUUCAAAUAUUUAAUAAUUAAUUUCUGGUUCAUUUAAACAAUCUUCUCAAUGUAAACGGUUCAACACAGACAUUGAUUUGAUUCAAUUAAUCAAAAAGGUAUGA